AUGGUGCUAUUUUCUUGUCUUUUACAGUGUCUUGGGAACCAUGAAUUCGACAAAGGCAUCCAAGGUUUGGUGCCGUUUCUUCAGAAUGUCACUUUCCCAGUCUUAGCUGCAAAUAUCAAUAUUACUGGUAUACCCGAACUGGCAUCCGUAAAGAAACGGAUCAAAUUAAAACUUGGAGGGGAAUGGAUCGGCAUUGUCGGGUAUAUCACUGUUGAAACGCCAAUGUUGUCUAAUCCGGAACCCGUGACCUUCAUGGACGAAGUGGAAAGCGUGCAACGGGAAGUAAAUGAAUUGCUUAAGGAAAACGUUACCAAAAUUAUUGCCCUGGGCCAUGCUGGUUACUGGGUGGACAAGAAAGUUGCCAAGGAAGUCAAAGGCCUCGAUAUUGUGGUCGGUGGUCAUACCAACACUUUUCUAUAUACAGGUAACCCUCCUUCCUCGGAAAAGCCAGAUGGAGAAUAUCCAACAGUUAUCAAGCAAGAUGAUGGAGAAAUAUGCUUAGUGGUUCAAGCAUACGCCUACGGCAAAUAUCUUGGUUUUUUACAAGUCACUUUUGACCCUGAUGGACGGCUGCGUUCCUGGAACGGGAACCCUAUUUUAUUGGAUAAAACUGUUAUACCAGAUCCUGCUAUUUUGGCGAAAAUGAAACCAUUCCAACGUCAACUAACUAAAUUAGUCAACAAGGUUAUUGGAGAGACAAGUGUGUUACUUAAUGGCGACAGUCAAUGUCGGCUGGAAGAAUGCAAUUUAGGAAACCUUAUCGCAGACGCCAUGGUUGGUUGGUACGCCAGGAAACCAGAACCAGAUUCCUGGAAUAAAUACGCAAUCUCAAUCGUGAAUUCGGGUUCAAUAAGAACAUCCAUCGAACCUGGUGAGUGA